GGACACUUAAGUUUCCGAAAAUAACAAAAAUGACUGGCUGCUAUGCAACACAGUGAUUCACGGGGAUAAUAUUUUUUUCUACACAUUUGAAAAACCAAUAUCUACCGAGAAAACUCGUAAUGAACCGACGUUAUUAUUUCUUUUUAAAUCUAGUGCUCGAAGCCGAGAUUUUACACUAAUAUUAGAUGUUACUGCUCCAACAAAAUCAGUUAACGGUAUUAAGGUUAGGUGUUACGAUGUAGAAUUUUCUCGUUUACCGUAAUUGACACAAAUGCAAGUCUGGACCGAAAAAAAAUUGCACUAGCUUGACUGCAAAUCAACCAGAUUUGUGUUUGCCAUCUUGCAACUGAUGUAGACUCUAUCGAGAGGAGAUCAUAAAGAAGGUUUUUACAGAUCUUCAUCCCUGUAGAGAAUUAUGGAGUGGCCAGAAGAUUUUCCUGAGGACCAUGCGUUUGUUGAUCUGGUGGUUCCUGGGCUUUCCAGUCAGCUGGACUUUGAGCAGCUUACCAAAGACACAGAAGCGAAACUCAAACUCAAUGCCAACAGUAUUGAACAGCAGCUGCUAGAACUGCAAGCCAAAAUGGGAGACUCAAGUGGAGAUGGUCCACCCAGUCCAUCAGAGUGCCUGCAGUGGUUCAACGUGAAAAUGCUUAACAAUGUGAGGCCUGUCAGCACAGGGCAUCAAGAGCUCAUGUCCUUCUUCGGUUGCUUGCAAAAUUACCUGAGGUCUGAAGAAGAUGGAAGAGAAGAGGCGACGCUACAGCUAUUGCUAAAUCUUUCCACCAAGUGUGGUAUCUGCUUCCCUUGUACCCCUUCUUCGUCCUCACCAUGUUGUCCAAACCAACUCACUGCCUCUUCCAUGCACUUGGUGGAUAUAAUCAGAGAUGACUCGUCUUUAGAGAUUCAAGAAGUAUGGGAUAAUGUCCGUCUUCAUCUCCGCUGCCACUUACUGGAGCGACUGUCUACUCUUGGUGCAGAGGGUCAUGGAGUUUCGUCCUUGUCCAUCACUGAAAGGGUCCAAUGUCUGCAACAUUUCUGUUUCCUGUACCCUGAAUGUGAAGUGCUUGCUCAUUAUCAGGGCCAAAGAAGCCAGGCAACGCUGGCUCUUCUUCACUCAGCCAUGUGCUCCAGUCCACCCGGUGUAACAGGCUUUGACAGAGUGACUAUGGCUUUCCACUCUGUGACCCCAGCCCUCACUCAGGCCCUCACAGAGGAUGUCCACGUGCUUUCAAAAGUAGCAGAGCCACACACUAUCAUGGUCUUCCUAAAUGCAGCCUACCUCUGCCCUCUGGCUGGUGAAUUGUCCUUCCUGAUAGAGAGAGAUUGUAAGACGGCCCUCAGGGACAACACCGUGCUCAGUGGGAAGAUCAGGAAAUACUCAUCCAAGUCUCGAGCAACAGUUGCACCAAUGGAGCUUCCUGUAAAAAGCAGAAGCUUCAGUUUGACCUCCCACCAGUUGAGGACAUUAACCCAGCUGGCACGGACAUUGCUGGCAUUUGAGAGCAGAGUCAAAGAGCUGGUCACCAACAUUGUCUUCAUUAAUUGUACAGGGGAGACGCCCUGUGUAAAAGGCAUCCUAAAGAAGGCUAAGGACGACAUGGCAGCAGAUAGCAAGAAAUCCACAGUGCAAACUGAGUCCCUCGAGUUUGACUGGAGAUCUGCUUUUAGCAGUUUGGCCUCUCACAUGGCUCACUGUGUCAAAGUGGUGCUGGAUGAUGUUUGUACCAAGAGUCUUCAGCAGGAAGAAAGCAUCCAUUCCUCAGGGCACUACUCAGUCAUGCUGGAAAACAUAAGUGGACACAUGAGCAUCAACAGUAGUGACAUAAAUGUCAGAGAAGACAACUUCCAUGUCCAUUUGGAGAGAGAUACUCCUAAGAUGGUCGCCAAGUUUUGUGGUACAGUGGUUGAUGAAAUGGACGCCUUCUUACCUUUGGCAGCUGCCUGCAGGGACAAUUCUCUACUGGAAGUUCGAUCAAGCUUUGUGGAGGCUUGUAGCCGGGCAGCACUUGCCAUGCUUGGGCGUUUAGAUGAGAGAGCCCUGGAAGUACCAUCCUCUCUACCACUGAAGAACCUGUCUGUUCUUUUGGCCACUUCUAUUUAUGUGCUCCAACGACUGGAGCACUACCAUGCACGCCUAAACGACUCAACCGCUACUUUAGCCAAAGUGCACUUGAGCUUGCUGCCUGUCCAGAAGUACCAGGAAACAGUUGAGGCCUUGAAAGAGCAACUGACCAGCUACUCUGUCCAAGUCUGCUUAACAUGUAUCCUUCAGGAUGCAGAGAGUCACCAUUGGAAUGACCCCAAACCUUUUUAUGAGGGCGAGCGCUGUUCCUUUUCUGUGCAGAUGUGGUUUUAUUUCCUGUGUGGUCUCCGUAGUGAUCUGUGGGCUGUUCUACCACCGCAGUUGGCCAAAGACCUGCUGGGACAGGUGUUGGCAGAGACCUUACAGGUGUUGGUGCAGAGAUAUGCCAGGGCCCAGCCUUCAUACAAAAGACACCUGCAGAUCAGAUGUGACAUCACGGCAGUGUUGCUUUUUGUGGAGCAGCUGAUGUGGAGUGUGUGUGAAAGUCCCGACGCCUUGCUCUGCCGCAACCCUUCUUCAGCAAUCACCAUAAUAGCAGGGGGGUCGGACUGGCCCUACCAGAUCCACAGCUUAUGUGACCAAUUACUGACAGUCCUCAUCAUUGGCACAGCACCACUAUCUCUGUUAUAUGGGACAUUUAUGAAUAAACAUGCAAAGGAGUCCAUGCAAGUCCAGUCAGAUAGGCCUGCGGUCCACUGGUUGAAUGCUUUAGAACCUGAACUCUUCACAGAACCAGUUAUACAAGAUGGUCUUAUGGGCCAGGAAGCAUCUGCAUAUCAGCUCAAGUUGCUGACCUCUGACCCAGGAUGCAAUCCAAGGUUGCUACUGCAAAUGCUGCUUCACAGAGACUGUCACCUGCCCCGUGUUCUCCUGGAAAACUCUUAUUUUUGUCAGGAGAGCCACCUCGAAAUACCUCCAGAACAUUGUAAGGCAGGUGAUACCUUCAUUGAUGCACUUUUCAACAUUUAUACCUGCUUGAACGAUGUUCCUCAGGCCUUGACUCAGGCCCUUCAGCCAUACCUGGAGAGUGCACACGUAUGGGAGCAUUUGUACACACUGGCAGAAACAUCACAGAAAGAACCUGUGGUGAUCAGCUGCAUCCGGGUGAUAGUCACCAAAUCCACUAAUAGCCUCCUGACGCACCUGGUUUCCAUGUCGAUGGAGUGGCAGGCCUCAGAGGAGUCCGGUGGAGUCUUUGGGGUGAGAGAUGUUCCAGAAAGUGUCCUGGCUCAAGUUCCUAAAAGUUGGAAUUACAAACCAGUGGAAAUGCGAGGGAAAGAGACUGCUUCUUCGAAGACUGUCAUAUCUCUGGCCAUUCAAGCUAUGUCCUUCAUUUUCACCAACCUGCCGCUGGUGGUAGCAUCUUUGCCCCUCCCCAUCCGCUAUCUCUUCCAAGUGGCUGAGAAACACCUUUCCCAGCAUGCCCGGCAGCUUCGCUCUGUAGGCCUGUUACUCUGGUCCCUGUUUAACUGCCUGAUCCAUGGACUGGGGGACCUGCACUCGCUUGAAAAGAUCAGUGGGCUGGUCUUGAACUGUCAGGCCAAGGACCACCUGACCCUGCUGGCUGAGUGUCUGCAGGCUUCAGUGGGGAUUCAGCAGAAGGGAGUUCCCAAACCUGCGUUACACAAGGUAUUGCAGGCUCUAGAGGAAAAAAGACCAAAGUGGAUGAGCAUGCAGCUGCACAAGGCCCGCAAACUCUGCAUAGACAGCAUCCACGAGCUGGGAAAGGAGAGUGUGGUGGCUGCAGACGAACUGACCGAGCAGAAAAUGGGCCUGAUGCUGCUGGAGGUUUGCCACAAAGCAGGGGGCAGCAGCUACCUGAGGCACAUCCAUCACAUCAUCCAAGGCAAUGAGGACUUGCUGAUGUCUAAAUUGGGUGUGAACGCAGACUUCCCGCGCAAUCCUGCUUACUCGGUGAACUUUGACCUUGAUCAUUGUACAUGCACCAAGAAAUUCAAUCCACUUGAAGAAUUUGAUCGAAUUGGCAGAAAGAAGCUGAAUCAGGGUGGCUUGGUUGAAUGUGCGUGGGACUGGCCAAAGUUGCUGCCAGCAUAUCAAGACAUGUGUCAGGUCACCUUCAAAACUCUGUUCGCCAACAGGUGGGAGAUGCAGGAUGGUGCAGAGCUGGAAGAAGAUGAGAAAACGAUGGUAGAAGAACUUCGAAGAGUCUAUUUUGUUUGCCACUGCAGUGCAGGACUGCAGGAGUCUCGUGAAGCAGAUGAGAAGAUGGCUGAGCGGACCCAGGGGGGAUCCGAUAAAACUGCUGCCCAAUAACAGUCCAAGCAGUUGGAAUUUUUAUCAUGUUGUAAAUGUUUAGUUGUAAUACACACUUGCGGCUCUCAAAGUAUUUGAGUGUGUGUGUGUGUACUGGAUUCGGUAGGUUUGUACUGUAUGUAUCUGCAUUUUGUGACAACAUCGCUCCUCUCCUGCAGCAAGAAUGUUUCAUCUUUUUGGACAUCUCCUGAAAUCAGUUCUGGGAAAUGGAGGAGCCGCAUUUGUUUGUGCAGAACAAGAUGAGACUGUGUGAUCAUUGGAGGUUUUAAAAAAUAUAUUUUUUUCAGAGUGUGUGUAAAGAUGUUGGUGUCAGCAUCCUUUUUUUUCUUGCUGUCUGGAAAAAACCCCCAUCAAAUUACAGUUGGGAAGAGAGAUGAUGUUUGUUUUGAUUGCAUUGCAAUCUGUUCCAAAAUCUAGCCCACUCUGUAAUGUCUGUCAGUAUUCUGUGCAACCCAGAAUAGAAGGUAUAGUCUAUGUAAUAACAGGGUAUUUUUUUUAAAUUGUGUCCAUGUUUUGUAAAAAAAAAAAAAAAAAAAAGAAUUUCUCAAUAGAACAAAUAAAUGGAGUUUAUUGACUAACCUGUUUUUUUGCAUUCUGGAUGUGUUUGAGGUGAACCUUCCUAAUCUAAUAUGAUCUUAUUCAACAGGUACUUACUGCAUAUGUACUUCUUGUAAAUGUAUACCUCAUUAAGCACUUACAUUAUGUCUCAUUAGAUUGUGCAGGUGUACCCAGUGUU